CGUGGGCUUCGCGGUGACCUUUACCCUGGCCGAUAAGUUCACUUCGUACAUGAUCGGCAGGAUGGACAAGGCAGUCACGCAGCUCUUCCCUGGAGCCAGGCGUGCCGACUGCCGAGAGAUCACGGUCGAACCGCCACCAUGGCUACGCGAUUGCCCAUCUUCGCGGCUGUGCUGCUCGUGCUGCUUGGCGGAGCACUUCCCUAUCACACCGGCGCUCCGCAGGGCGCCUGCAACAACAUGGUGCCGGGACACGGUAGCCCUUCGGACUCCGCAACCGACUCCUACAGCCUGACGGCCCAAAAGCAACCCGACCAGAGCGUCAAAGUCACGCUCGCCGGCACCUUCAAGGGCUUCUUGAUCCAGGCGAGGAAGGCCGACGAUGUCGACAGCCUGGUGCCGGGAAAGUUCGUCCCCGAGGGCAACGCCAGCCGCACGGUUGACUGUGCGCAAGAGGACGGGACGGCGCUGACUCACAAGGACGGCGAGGUCAAGAGCCAGGUGACGGCCACGUGGAUACCGCCGGCCAACUGGGAAGGCCAGGUGGUUUUCCGUGCUACGGUGGUGCAAGAUUACGAGAAUUACGUGGAACGUGUCCUUUCGGCGCCCGUCUCGAUUCAAAAGUCGUCGCUCGAAGCAGACAAAAGAGGGGACGCGGUGAGCAGCACCACUCCGGCCACGAGCAGGGAGUACGCCGGCUGCGGCCAGACCAUGGGCUGCUUCGGCACCCCCAAGGGCUGCGUGUCCCGCGGCUCCUGCUCUCUGCUGCUCACGCACGUGGCCCGCGGCGACGGCGUCGACUUCGAGCUCACCGCGCCGGCGCGCCACGAGAACAUGUGGAUCGCCGCCGGCAUCUCCGAGACGCCCAGCAUGGACAUGGCCAGCGUCGUGGAGUGCCUCCGCAACAAAGGAGUGAUGUCGAUGCGCGAGUCUUGGAACAGUGACGGCAAGAAGAACAUGCUGAUUGUCAACCAAACUCCUGGUCUGACGUUCUUAAAGCGAGACUACAGCGACGGAAUGCUUCGGUGCUCUUGGCACCGCGCUCAUGUCACCAGCGUGCAGAAGACCACGUUCAACACCGCGACCAACAGCUACUACUUGCUCUUGGCAGCCGGCCAGUUUGAAGGAAACACCGACGUUAAGAAAGAACACUACGAACGGGAUUACACCAAGACUCCUGUUAACUUGAAGGCCAUGCAGGUCGCUCUCGGCGGAGCUGGCUCCGACAUUUUCAUCAAGCUUCACGGCUCCUUGAUGAUUGUCGCCUGGGUGCUUUUCGUGAGUGUCGGCAUCCUCCUCGCCAGGCACUACAAGAACGUCUGGGAGGCCACCACCAUAUGCGGAGUCAAGCCGUGGUUUGCUUUCCACCGAGUGCUCAUGAUGCUAGCGGUGGCCAUGAUGAUCGCAGCCCUCGUGUUAAUCUUCUACAAGGUCGGCCAGUGGAGCGUUACUGAAAAUCCGCAUCCAAUCUUGGGCAUUGUGUGCUCAGUUUUAGGAAUCUUGCAGCCCAUCAUGGCGCUCUUCCGAUGCCACCCCCACGAAGAAAACCGAUAUAUCUUCAACUGGGCUCACUGGUUCAAUGGCAACGCUGGCCAGAUAGUUGCAGUGGCCACCAUAUUCUUUGCCGCGGGCCUGGAGAAGGCGCAGCUCAAGGGCGCCGACUGGUUCGUCUACAUACUGGCAGCCUUCGUCGGCUUCCACGUCCUGGUGCACAUUGUGAUGCAGCUCCACUCUGCGCUCAUGUCCAAGAAAGACGUGGAAGAGCUCGGUAUACUCUCGCUGACCCGCCUUGGUGGCAUAGUGGCUAACACUUAUUUCUCUACUAAAAAGGUUUCCAAUGACAUAAAGAUGCAAGACAGGACGCCCGGAAAUGGCGUGCACGCUGUGGAGCCAGGGCUUGAUAUGCAACCGCCAGCGACGGAUGCACCGGGAGGCGGCUUCAGACGCUUCAUGCUCGGUAUCUACCUCGUCGUGGCCAUACUCGUCGUGGCGGCUUUGGUCUCUACCAUCUGGUUCGCCUCGGCGCCUUGACGAUGACGUCGUGAUAACGGCCUCGUGGAGUGAUAAGAAACGUGGUUGCGCCACCGUGACGUCGUGUCUCAGUGCGGACGCCCCCCUACCGAGUGAAUCCUCGGCGAAAAACGUCAAGGUGUCAAAGAAGAUGGACUCACCCGACCGAUCUGUGGUCUGUUCGUUUACGGACCAACUAGUUGGAUAGUUAUCUACUGAGUAGACGCUAUCUCCUUAUCGCCGUUCACUGGCUGUGCCUUCACCGGCCAAAUGCGACGUCGGUCGGGCGGGCCUCGAAGACAGUGCGAAACAAAGCCGAAACGUUGUUCAUUCAUCUUGACGGGUCGACGAACCGGCGUAGCGUCGUGUCAAGAAGCACACGCAAGAGCCCCAACGCCUGCCUGUUUUUGGACAUGAAUAGUGCCAAUGCUUCGUUCGAAGGAAGCUCUUCUCAUGGGUGUGCAUUUGUCGUUUCGACGACUUCUGAACAGUUUUGUUGUGCCGUCGGUCUACGUUGUCCGGUGUGUGUUAUCGCGUUUUUCCUUUUAACCAAGUACGUGUUGUUCGAGUGAGCGAAGCCACCUAUACAUACGUUCGCUUAUCGAACAAGCUGACGCUUUCGUGCUUUCUUAGCGUUUAGAUUUAUAUACGCGAUGAGUUUGCUGUGUCAUAAUUUUUUUUACUCGGAUGACUUGAUGUUUUCGACGCCUUGUUAAAGGCGUAAGAGCGGCAUGUUUAAUUUUUUUUUCGCUUCUACCUCAUAUGAAAAGUCUAUAGGCAUAGUAUCUUAGCCAGCUUAACAAUAAUAUAGGCCGUAAUUUACAUUAGUGAGCUUUGCUUCACAGCUAUCAGAUGGCGCCACGCAUAGAGUACUGUACAUAGGGAAGUAAACUUCUCCGAGACCUAUGUCAAUGCAGAUCGUGAUGUAAAUAAGCGAGUAAUAUAUUGUGUUAAUAAAUAGUUGUUUUCUUUUUU